UGUGAUCAUCAUUCAAUUCGGGACCCAUGAUGAAAAUCAACGGCUGGUGGCAUCCAAGGGGGAGGGCACGAGAGCAGAGGAUCACGCUUCAUCAUCAUUUUCGUCCGGGAGUGGUGAGGGCGGAGCCCAGGCGUGCCCCAACAGUAGUAAAAAGGACAUAAAAGGAAGAAGGGGGGAUCUCUUCUCUUCUGUUCGUCCACGCGUCGCUCUCCCAUUGGCUCUCUCAUGCGACCAUCAUCAAUCAUGGCUAGAGCCAACCGCGAGGAGCCGAGAGCCGAGAGAGCCUCUACUAAUCGAUUGUAUAUAUAAGACGACGGAGUUGGCUUCUCUCUACGCAGGAAGAAUCGCCGGGGUGAGAUCAAAAAGAGUUUCAGGACCCUUUAUUAUCUGAUCAUUCUGUCUUCCUCUUCUUCGUAUUAUCCCCCUCCUCUGUAAUUCCCCGCUUCUCUGAAUCCCGUUCUGUCAUCAUCUGUCUUUCAAUCGAUCUUCAGUUUCAGGGUUGGUUUGUUUUCUCUUCAUUCAGAAAGCCACUGAAAGCCAGGUGAUUCAGAAUAGAGAUCCAGGUUCAGUUUGGUUUUUCUUUGAUCUUUUUUUUGUUGUUUCUUGGGUGUAUAAAUUAAAGUUUUUGAUUGAUUUUCUCUUUGGUUAGAGAACCGCCAAGAGGAUUUGUUUUUCUGUCCCUCGGGUUCUUGCCAAGGAUUUCAAAAGGGUUCUGUAUUUCGAAACCUCUUUUCUUCCCCCUUCCUUCAUUUCGAAGGUUUAGUUUUCUUCUUCUUCUUCUUCUUCUUCUUCUUCUGCAUAUCCAGUGUUUUUGGUGGAUCCUUCCUUGCUGUUUUUGACUUUGUUCAGAGUUGAAUAUGGCAGCAGCUAUAGAUUUAUACAGCAGCAACAGCAGCAGCAGUAAUAGUCCAGUUUUCUCAGAUCCCUUCCGGGAAGAGUUGAUGAAAGCCCUCGAGCCUUUUAUGAAAGGCGCCUCAACCACCCCAGCCGCCACUAACUCCCCAUCUUCUCCUUCUCCUUCUCCUCCUCCUUCGACGACAUGGACAGCCCACAUGUUUUCUCAAGGGUUCUCGAUCCAUGGCCAGAUGGGUAUUGAGGAAACCGGUUCAAUCGGGCUCAACCACCUCACCUCGGCGCAGAUCCUCCAAAUCCAAGCGCAAAUCCAGCUCCAACAACAGCAAAAGCCUUCUGGGUUUCUUCUUGGCCCGAAACCCGUCUCGAUGAAGCAAGUCGGGGCUCCAUUAAAGGCGGGCAAGCUCUACCGAGGGGUGAGGCAGCGACAUUGGGGCAAGUGGGUGGCCGAGAUCCGACUUCCUCGGAAUCGGACUCGGCUUUGGCUCGGCACUUUCGACACCGCCGAAGAAGCCGCCUUGGCCUACGACAAGGCCGCGUACAAACUCAGAGGCGAUUUCGCCAGGCUUAACUUCCCCAAUCUCCGGCACCAAUUCACCGAUCACCGGCCGCUCCACUCCUCUGUGGACGCCAAGCUCCAAUCCAUCUGCCAGACCUUGGCCAAACAGGCGAAUUCCGGCAAACUCAACCCGACGCCCAGAACUGCCAUAAAAAUGCAACCUUUAUGCCAUAAUCCGUCGAAUGGUGAGCUGGUGGGUUUCGCUGGAGCGGAAUAUAAUAUCAAGGCGGAGAGGUCUCCGGCGCCGUCUCCGUCCGAGGAGUUGCCUGCCGGGUCUUCUUCCCCAGAAUCUGACAUCACUUUUCUUGAGUUCUCUGAAUCGGAGAACGUCGCGCUGGAGAAGUUUCCUUCUGUGGAGAUCGAUUGGGCUGCCCUCUAGAGCUUUUCUUCUUCUUUUCCACCUAAUAAAACAUUAACACCCACCGACACACACACACACACAUAAUAUAUAUAUAUAUAUAUCUGAUAAGUUCACUGUAAUCUUGUUAUCUGAGGGAGCCGAAGAAGCAGCUUCUGCUAUGGGGUUUUUGACAUUUGCAGGGGUGAAAAAUCAAGCAAAAGCAGAGUCCUUUGAGCAGCACUGGUUAAUUUGUUGUCAAUAUAUAUAUAUAUAUAUAUAUGCAUGUAUGUACAUGUAAUAGAAGAUGAUGUAUCUCUGUUCGAUAAGGUCCGCUGAUGUUUUUCCAUGCUUGACCAAGAGAGCAUCCACGAUCCUUCUGUGUUUGUUGUGUUGGCUGAAUGUAUAUUCUUCUCUUUUCUUUGCUCAA